CAGUUUGUUCCACGCUUGGUGCGUCGUGGAGGAGGUGGAGAUGAUGGGUUGAAUUGGAUCCGAGCAGCUGCCAAUAAGGGCACUCGGGAUGGUCUUGUCUUGUCGAUACCGGAUGGUAUAACAAGGAUUGGUUUGUGUUUUGGCAGCAUCAAGAAACCGAUCGGGAGCAGUAAUACCGCCAUCAACAUAUUCUUCAAGUCCUAACCCGAUAAUGGCAACAUGAACUUGGCACUUCCAAACUGGAAAAUUGUUUGUCGUCAGUUUGAUCGGAAAGUGGGUGGAGGCGGUGAUGGAGACAACUGAGGUGGAUUCGGUGAUGACCAUGAUGAAGGCUCCAGGAAAAAAAUUGGCUCGUUAGACGAGAGAAGGUUAGUAACUUCUCCCUACUAAUCGGCCGCACGACUGGGAACUCUUAGAUGGGAAGAGCUCGAUAAAUAGCAGCGACAUCUUGGCUCUUGUUUUAACCCUGAGUCUGCUCCUCACCAUUAGUAUACACAUACCAUCCAAGUGAAGGUGAAGAGAAGGGCUUGGAAAAGCAAAACAAGCAGGGCAGUUCACUGUGUUCAUCUAAGGAAAUGACUGGAGGUAUGUAAUUCCAUAUUUUGCUUCCGCUAAUUAUCGUAUUGAUCUGAAUAUGUUCAAGGAUUGUUUAACAUGUUUAGAUUAUUAAGUUCUUGCAUUUGGUAUCAGAGUUUCAGGAAUUAUCUCUGCCUUUCCUUUGUAAUAUUCGUUCGACCAUAAUUAUUGUAUGUGCGAUUGAUUAAAACUCUGUUCUGUAAUUUACGAUUCUGAAAUUUUCGUCUGAGCAUGCCUGAUUCAUUUAUAAUUGAUUACUUAGAGAAUCAUGAAUCAUCCGAUCAUGCUUGAUACUCUGCUUGCGUUUGAGAACACUGAACGUACAUCCAAUUUAUGAUCGUAAUGAAUAUAAGUCCAAUGUUCAUUCCCAGAUUUUUUAAUACUCUUUUUAUCUGUAGCAUAUAAUUCGUAUAUGUUAAUAUAUGUAUUAACGAAUUAUGUGCUCCUGGUUGUGAGUUAAUCAUUGAGUAACAAUCAUAAUUUGUUAAUCAUGAUUCAUCAUUAUGGAUACGGUGUUUGUAUAUGUGUUUACAUGAUAAAUCAUUGCUUUACAAUCAGAUAUGUAUACUGAUUUAUCAUUCAUAUACAACGAGAUUAGUACCCGAUUUAUGAUUAUAGAUGAACUUUGAAAUCUGCUUUUCCAUGCCCAUAAAGUGUUUGGGUUAAUGCUUCAAUUGUUUAUAGUAUAAAAUGCAUUUCCAACCCCACUUAUUUUGCACUGGUGAUCUCUCUUAUAUUUGUAUACCCAUGAUAAAGUAUAAGAAUUUAUCCUGGGUGGAGAUUAUCCAUUCUGUACUGCUCGAAUAUGUUUCUUAUAUUUUCUGAUUCAUUAGUAUUCCAGUUUGUUCUAUUUGUUUAAAUAAUAUGCUUAUUCAGUUGAGAAUUAACACUGGAAUCAGAAUGAUUGUUACUCGUGAUUGAUAUUAUUCGGCUGCUAAUUCUGGAAAUGAUAGAACCAGAGUGUGCAUUUGUUUCAGUUUAUUACUUAUGAAUAGUGUACUGCUUAUUUGAAUAAUCUGCACAUUCAUUUUAGAAAGAACUAGAAUGUUGCCGCUAAUACACUAAGUUCAACAAAAUUGGCUGGAGUAUACCUGUUUGUUGACUUUAUUGAUUACGUGUGAGUGGUAUACUCCAUUGCUUAAUUAAAUAGUUACAAUUUUAUUUUAUAAUAACUAUAAAACCAAAAUGCUAUAUGUGAUUUGUAAUACUCCAGAAUGUUUCUCAUUUAUUUAGUUCAAUGAAACUGGAAAUCUGGAAUUAAGAUAUACAUAGUUUAAUUGAUUAAAGAAUAGCCACAACAUCUUUGAUUAAUCAAACUGUAUAUUAAGUUUCUGAAUCACAUUAAAGCAUCACUUGUAAUUAACUAUAUGAAUAUAAUGAAAUCUGCCCACAGGAGUCUCAUUGUAUUAGUAUGAUUAAUUAGGAUGAAAUAUUAGAUUAUUUUUCUCAAAUUACCCACAGGAAUUGAAAGGAAAUAUAAUCUGAUAGUUUUAUCAUAAUUGUUUGCUUUAUGUGUCUAAUUGAGUAAAACUUUAGCCCACAGGUAAGCUUUAUGUCACUAGACUUAUAGCUAAUCAUGUUUUGCAUUGGUAGAACAUGAACUUUAUUUUACCUCAAAUAUUAAUAAUGAUCAUGUAUAUAUUAUAUUUUAUAGUUGUUCAACCUGCGAAUGUUUCUGAUAUGAAAUGUGACAUUCCCGAAUUAAGGGGCGAUAACUAUAAGGUUUGGAAGGAGCGUGUUCUCCUUCAUUUGGGUUGGAUGGACAUUGACUAUGCUAUAAGGAAAGAUGAACCACCGGCUAUAACGACAACCAGCACUCCGGAUGCAGUUCAUCUUUAUGAAAAGUGAGAGAGAUCUAACCGUCUCUCCGUAAUGUUCAUAAAGACCAAAAUAACUGUUGGUAUCCGUGGUUCUGUCGAUCAGCAUACUAAAGUCAAGGACCUUUUGAAGGCUAUUGAUGAGCAAUUUGCUACAUCUGAUAAGGCCCUUGCCAGCACCUUAAUCAUGCAAUUCGCAACCAUGAAGCUCACUGGGAUAAGAGGCGUGCGUGAACACAUCAUGCACAUGAGGUACAUAACGGCUCAGCUGAAAGCUUUGGAGGUAACCAUGUCGGAUGCUUUUCUGGUUCACUACAUCCUUUACACUCUUCCACAGCAAUAUGCUCCUUUUAAGAUCUCCUACAACACACAUAAGAAAAAUGGUCAAUUAAUGAGCUACUAAUCAUGUGUGUUCAGGAGGAGGAGAGGUUGAUGAUGGAGUAGGGUGAAGGGGUGAACUUGACUGUUCAUGAAAAGAAAAAGAAGGAUCAUGCCAAAGGUAAAGACAGGAUCCCUCCACAGGCAGUCACUAAGAAAGAGUCAAAGUGUUUCUUUUGUAAGAAAAAGGGACACAUGAAGAAAGAAUGCUCUAAAUUCAAGAGCUGGCUAAAAAAGAAAGGUACUCCAUUAGUUUUUGUGUGUUAUGAAUCUAAUAUGGUUAAUAUUAAUCACAACACAUGGUGGAUUGAUUCAGGUUCUACAAUCCAUGUUUCUAAUACCUUGCAGGGUAUGGAAAACCUAAGGAAACCAGUGGCAAGUGAACAAUGCAUCUAUUCAGGAGGAAGAAUAAGUUCACAUGUUGAAGCCAUUGGGACAUGCAAUUUAGUUUUAAGCAGCGGUUUUAUUUUAAAAUUGGAAAAGACCUUUUAUGUUCCUAGUUUUUCGAAGAAUUUAAUUUCUGUUUCGAGACUAGCUCCUUUAGGAUUUAAUUUCAACUUCUCAAGUUCUGGUUUUACUUUAAUAAAUAAAAAACCAUUGGUUUUGG